AUGGCUCCAAACCUAGCUCCCUCCAAGCAUGAGCUUAUCUAUGACAUGAUCCACAGUGGCGAACGAUCUAUAACUAAGAUGGCACUGGCCGCUGGUUGCAACAAGAGCACCAUCUGGAGAAUUUCUUCCAAUAUAAGAAUGUUUGGCAGCGUCAAAGCACCGCCGAAUAAAGGCGGACGACCCCGUAGCAUCACUCCACUCAUGCUCGAGGCUUUAUGCGACCAUCUGAUUGAAAAGCCUGCCUUGUAUCUGGACGAGAUGGUGAUUUUUUUAUGGGACGAAUUUGCUCUUCAAGCAACAAAAUCGAGCAUCAGUCGCGCCCUUAAGUCUAAAGGCUGGUCAAAAAAGACUGCUCGGGUCAAGGCACGAGAACGCAACCUUGAUCUUCGGGACGAGUACCAUCAUUUUAUCUCAGACUUCAAGUCUUACCACCUUGUCUAUGUCGAUGAAUCUGGAUGUGAUAAAAGGAUAGGCUUCCGGCGAACGGGUUGGUCCCCUCUUGGUACUGCACCGGUUCAAGUGUCGAAAUUUCAUCGUGAUCAGCGUUAUCAGAUUCUGCCUGCGUAUGCGCAAGACGGCAUUGUUUUGUCUCGAGUGUUUAAGGGUUCAACUGACGCAACCGUCUUUGAGGAUUUUAUCGAGCAGCUUCUCCAGCACUGUGGGAAAUGGCCCGAGCCGAAGUCUGUGCUGGUGAUGGAUAACGCGUCCUUUCAUCACUCGGACAGAAUUAAACAGAUGUGCUCAGAAGCUGGCGUAAAGCUAGUGUAUUUGCCUCCAUAUUCUCCUGAUUUGAAUCCUAUUGAGGAGUAUUUUGCUGAGCUGAAGGCCUUUAUCCGACGUAAUUGGCAAUCCUACGAAGAAAAUCCGGCUCAAGGAUUCGAUAACUUCCUCGAAUGGUGUGUUGACGUCGUUGGUGCGAGGGAGAAAAGCGCGGAGGGACAUUUUCGGCACGCUGGCCUAGCUGUAGAGAUACAACGCUACUGCGGCAGCAAAGUUCGGGACUAA